AUGAGCAAUGCAGACUGUCUAAUAAUAUACCCAAGCUCUGGCUCCAUCGGUGUAUCUCGUCGCUAUAGCUCUGGCCAAAACAGUCCAAAUCCAUACGUUACUCAAAAUGUAGCUCUCUUGAGCAACAUGUCGUCCAUUUCUGGAUCAACCGUGACGGCCGUGUUUUAUCGGCCGAAAGCAGCGGCGUUGACAAACGAGCAGUCUAUUACGGGGUCUCAGACAUGGAUUUGGGCGUAUUCGGCUUCGGCUGUUGGAAGUACCAGCAAUACUGCAAGUAUCUCGCAGCACGGUCGUUCAGACUGCGGGACCUUUACCACCAAUUUCUUGUUGGCGAGUGCGAAUCCACCGGUCACGAGUACAACGACUAGCAGCAAUGGCACCACGACUGCCACAAACAGCACGUCAUCAAGCACUGGAUCUACAACCUCCUCAGGAUCUGGUUCGUCAGGCACUACAGUCAGCGUAGGAGGAAGCAGCUCGUCGUCCGACGAUAUGUACCAGCAGUUAAUUGUGUUCCAUGGUAUCCUGAUGUUUUUGGCAUGGGCUGUGCUGUCUCCGUUUGCGAUUAUUGUGUCGAGAUACUUUAAGGCUGUUUUGGGUGUCUGGUGGUUUAGGAUACAUUAUAUCACUCUGUCCGUUGUCAUCAUCUUCACAUUCUUUUCCUUUGCACUGGCGUAUAUUGGAAUUGGUAGCACUACAUCACAUUUCAACUAUGCCUCACAAGGAAUCCACACAGUACUUGGACUGGCUCUUGUAAUCGCUGCCCCUCUACAAGGAAUAUUAGGAAUGGUCAUCAAUGCGUUAUUCAACCCAGAGCGAAAAGGAAUCCCAAAACAUGACAUGGCACAUUGGUGGAUUGGUCGUGCUAUCAUCAUUGCUGCAAUGAUCGAUAUCAUCUUUGGGUUGCGCUUGUAUCAAAACAGAGGAUAUGACGUGCCGUUGUGGAUGUGGGUGAUCGUCGGCCUAGUCUUGAUUGGCGCUUUUGGAACAUACCUUAUCUUACAACUCACAAUCGGUGUGGAGCAUCACGUUGGCGGUGAAAUUGGACAUGAAGCAGUACGACCUGAGUCCCCCAAAGACGACACAGUGCGAAGGCCACGACUGGCUGAUGCGGAACAACCAGGAUAUACCAGACAACAAAUCCACGUACAGCAUAGUCAAGGGCUCUAUGGCCAGCAGGAGCCACAAGGAUAUAAAUCGUAUUCUGGUCAGCCGGGGACAUUGAGUUCACCACAAAAGUCGAUACCAAGACCUCAACAGCAACAGCAAUCAAUAUCUAGGUCUCAAGGACAAUCAUUGUCGAGAUAUGAUGCUCGGUAUUAUGCACAGGACUAG